GCCUUGCCUUUGCGGUCACCCAUACAAUGAAUCGUACAUUUCGGUGCGUCUCAUUUUAAUCAAGCAACAGGCUUCCAAAUCGAACGUUUCCAUUUAGACAAUCUCGAACAAAACUCCCACGCAGACCGAAGGAGUAAAAAGGGCCAGUGAUUGCUCGAGAGGAUCUGACAUGACUACCUCCGUUUUGGCCACCAUGUGCGCCGAGCGCCUGACCAAGCUCCUGGUGCGCUACUCCCGCACGCAGCCGUCGAUGGUGCGGAAUCAGUCGAAUUGCGUCGACCAAAUGCUGAGUCCCUUGCCGCAGACCAAAGCCACUGGGGCAUACCUGAAACCAGGUGUUUCGCAGGUGGCUAAUCAAACACCGCCAACCAACAAUAAGUGGCAGCCGAUGGGCAGCAUCACGAGCAUCGGCCAGAGAUUCCAGCAGGAGGCCAUGGACGAGCUGUGCUCCAAGGCAAAGGAUCGCCUACUGCCAAAGACCGAACCGCGACGACCGAGCUUCACGAGAAAUCAAGCCAUGUUCCCCAACAAGUCGAUGGGACCAGAGGACUGGAAACAACUGGGGACUGGACGGUACUCAACCACAUUUGCCAGCAUUUUCCAGGGUCAGAGUUGCCCGAGUAUGCCCAGAAAGUCCUUUACCCAACAUUCUCUCGCCUUCGAAUAUCAAAAACUGUAUCGGAACUGCUAUUAAGCCGUACACAAACGGAUGCUCUUCGAUCUUGUUGCCAAACUCAUCCGCAGCUCAACAAAACACUUUGCCUAUAGUGUUGCUAUUGAGUUGCGACUUAGAUUGGCAACAAGUGUCCAGGAUUAUCCACAAACUGAUGUAUCAAAGAUGUAGUAAAACUGUAUAGUGUUGA